AUGCUUCAUCUGGAGCAAAAAUGGAGAAGCCAACUACCUACACAGAGUGGAGGUUUAAAGAGAACUAAGGUUAGUACAACUGGAGCAUACUCAUCCUCAUCAAACCCAGAUACACCGUUGGCAGACGAAUCCGGUGUGGACUCUCCUGUUCGCCCACAAAGGGUUGAUGCAACUGGAAGGAGAGGCUUGUCACCACUCCAAAAAUGCACCGCUGCGAUACGAAUGUUAGCAUAUGGCGUAGCAACUGAUGUUGUUGAUGAUUAUGUGUGUAUAGACGAGAGCACUACAAUUGAAUGCUUGGAAAAAUUUGUUGAAGGUGUCAUUUCGGUGUUCGAGGAUGAAUACUUGCGAAGACCAAAUCCGAAUGAUGUACGACGCCUGCUACAAAUGACGGAGGAUCGUGGCUUUCCUAGCAUGUUGGGUAGCAUUAACUGCAUGCAUUGGCAAUGA